GAGAGAGGGGGUGGGAGGCAUUCUCAUUUCAAUUCAGCAAUCACUCCUUAGAAACGCACACAAGGCACACUACACGAUCAUUGAAGCAAGAAGCAAUAUCAACGAGUUUUGAGAGAAAUUGCGUACCUUUUCUUGUAUCAGUAGAGUUUUUUAGCUGUUAACUGAUAAAUAUUGGAAGCGUCUAGGGACGCCACCGAGUUCUCCUGGUUCCUGUUCGUCCACAGGCAGCGCACGUGAACCGUUGUACCUAAUCGAAAGGUUCAGUAAACUUCCCAGAUGAAAUGACUGCUCGUUUAACUGCCGGAAAAAAAAAUGUAUAUAUCACGACAUAUAAUGCAAUUUAAAAUGCAUCGAGUGAAACAGUUGCAUAGCCUGUGUGCUCCCUUGUUACAUCUUACUUCUUGUAGUGUAUUAGGACAGUUUUCGUACCGACAAGUGCAUGUACAUCCGGGAAUCAUGUGAGUGUGUGUGAGAGGGAAAACAGCGAGCGAACGUGUGUUAAGUUGCUCUUAUUAAAAUGAUGUGUUCUAGCCUUUGUGUACACUUCUCUUUUACACCAAGGCUUUCCAAUGAAAUUUAUCUCGCAAAAAGAGCUUGCCGGUAUAAAGCAACUAUAGUAAAGAACUGAACUCCCUCACAAUACAACAGUAGCAUUUAUUAUUUCAUAAUUAGCUAUGUGCAAGGUCUGACAUCACAUGAAAUAUAAAAUAACACUCUAGCUAAGUCUCUUGGGAAGAAAAUGUUCCAGUAAGCGUUUAACGUACCUUGUGGUACGAAAUUUUUGUAGGAGUUUAAUUUUGCUGAUCAGCAAUUUUUAUAUUUUGCGGGAACUGAUUUUUGUGACUGUGAAAGCCUGAUUUGUCUUGCUGGUCAUUAAUUUUUGUAAUUUUCGUGAGGUCGCGUUUAAUUGAAAUUGCAAUAUUUGACUAUAUCAAACUACAUUCAAUCGACCUGUGAAACGACAUGAAGAGAUCGAAAUAGAUGUAAAACGCGGUGAGCAGUGUACCAAUCUAUUACAACUGACAUCUUGCCGCCCUAUAUUUGGAUGAUUACUUAGGCGACUCAGGAUCAGUACUAGAAAACUAUGUUACCACUUGAUGCAUAUCCCUCGAGUUUUAUUUCUGCAGAACGAAACAGAAGUUUUAAAUAAAUGACACCAAGAUUCUUCAUGUGAUGUUUGUAUGUAUAAUUUAGCCACUGAAUGGAGUAAAUUACCCGGGACUAGAGCCGGAAGAGAGCGGACCGGGACCGCCUGCUUAGCAGCCUCUAGUUAUCCUCUCGCGCGCACAGCCCGCUGGGAGAAUUGUACUUCAUCUAAAUUUUGUUGUUUUGGGAACUUGUGUCGUGAGUCAAUAUCGGGAAUUGAGUCAAGGUUUUUUACCGUUAAUCGUUAUCUAAUCCAUUGACUUGAGGCAUAAAGCAAUUAGCGCCUACGUAGGAAUAGAUUCUGGUGAAAAUAACAAUGAAGGAACGGAUUUGGUGAGGAUGGGAGAGGUGGUUUCGUUGCAAAUUUUGUUGUCAUGGACGUACUGUGUUCUUCAACUCCACACGGAGUGGAAUUUUGCAUCUCACAUACAAUGCAGAGAUGACUAAUAGGGCCUAUCCUCUUGAAAUUCGUGGAAUUGCUCACAAUAGUGUGGAUGCUCUCCACCCUCUCCCGGAGAGGCCAGAGGAAUCAUUGCCCCUGUCCUAUAUUGAGACAGUCCGGAAUGGUAACUUCACUAGCUUCAUGCCUGAUACAAGUGGACGGUCAUCACCCACAACUGAUCACACCCCCAGCAUAGUAAAUAGCUUCUGUGAAUCAAACACAUGGUCUACAAACACUGGAAACCUCACUGGACGUAGCAGUGUGUACUCCUGGGGGAAUGAAGAUGAGUUUGAUAGGCAGGCCUCAGCAACAGUGAAACGCAUGUUUGAUGAGAUUGAUGGAAUGCUCUUUGAAGGACAACAUUUCAAUGGUAGCCCUCAACUGUUGUCUGAGUGUGAAGAGUGGUUUCAACGAUUUCCACAUUUGCGAAUCUGUGGUUAUCAACUACUUAGUUCUAAGGAUGAUGGUACUCAGCUAAUACCAUUUCCUGCUGGUGACACAAGGAUAUUCAGUCAGAGGCCACAGACUUCUGUGCUUGAGGAUGUUGAGGAAUUUGGGGCUUUUGAUUCACAAGGUUUGUUCAUUGAAGGAUUUCAUGUUGAUCCUUUGUUGGAGCCUCCAGAAUCAUACAUGAAUGAUGAAAUGAAUGACUACUAUACAGAGUUUGAAGAGGAGGUCCUGGAAGAAGAUGGAGAAGUAGUGGAGUAUUUUGGUUAUGAUCAACCUGCUGUGGAGGAAGAGGGGACAGAGCCCAGCAAAGAUGUAAAGUAUCGUCGCCAGCAGAGACGAGGCUACCCUCCUGUGACACCAAAUGCGUGUGCAAAAGAUGCUGUGGUCAGUCAGUUGUUUGACCAGGCCUGGGGAGAGGUGGUGUUAUGGCUAAGAGACUUGUUAAGUCGUUACUCACAGAAAUUAUUAAGAGACAAGCCCCAGUUCCUUGCAGAUGUGGUGGUGUCAUCUGACAGAGCUAUUGAGACCCCUUUCCGACCAUUUUCCCAAAGUGUCCUGUCUAGAAAUAUUUUUUCAUCUCAGGUAAUUUUGAGUAAAUUGCCCAUUGAAUAAAAAGUUUAUGUUAGUGGCAUACAGUAAAUACGCAGCAGCAUCUAACUAACAAUGACACUGUGAGAUCAAGUUUUCUAUGAGUGAAGCGAAGCCUAGCCUUGUUAACUGUCACUCAUAAAAAAAAAAAAUUCUAAAGGAUUAUAGCACAAAACGUACAGUUUUGUGCAUAUUUAAGCCUAAAAUUAAGAAUCAUUUUUAGUUUCAAGAGCAGCACACACACAAUCGUUGUCUCAGCAAAUAGAACACGUUGAGAGAACCAAUUAAAUUCACGGAUUUUGAAAAGAACACAGCUAUGUGGCUACUAAUACAGUGUAGUAAUAAUACCAAUUAGUUUAUGAGCUUGAGUUUUCUAUGAGGAGACAGCUGAUGAGAUGCCAAAGCCCAA